AUGCUGCGGUGUGCGUCGCACAUCUGUCGCGCCGCCUCUUUGUUGGGGUACCCGCUGCGCCGGGCGGCCGCGAUGGAGAUGCUGUACGGCGGCGUGUGUGUGCAGCACCUUGCACAGAUGCCUUUCUUUCUUCGGAAAACGGCAUCGGAGGCGCUUCCUUCUCCGUCGCUUCAGCGCGAGCGGGACGAUUUAGAGCUGGAGGUGAAGGACUCUGCCAACAAUGUGAUGGGUCUCCGUCUUUUCCCUGUUAAUAUUGGGAUGCGGGCGAGGAAUGAGGCGGUGCGGCUGCGAAGCGAGGACUGUUACAAGCGACUACUGGCUCAGCGGCGGUGCGCAGCUGCUGGGGAGGCGUUCCAGUUUCCUCUCCCGUCAAGACUUGCCACUGAAGAACACCACAACUUUGCCACGCCUAGGCAGCGUUACGCAACGCACUUUCACCCACCAUCAGCCAAACUUUCUCUCUUCACCCGACCCGUUGACUGUGGGGAGAACUGCAAGGAGAAGACAACACCAGCUGAGGUUGCAGUGUACCACCCUCGUGCGUGGAGGCCUUUGCAGAUGUUAAAGCCGAUGCCGCACAACUGGAGCCCUACACUGCGUUCCUCUGGGGUGCGUGGGCCACACAUGCAACUUAUGCAGGAACGACUAGAUGGAAAGGGAUUUGGAUGGAAACGCAAAUCCCGCUCGCUCUGGCAGCAAGACAUUGAUACCGCCGGAUUCAGGCCGAAGCGCUUCUUUUAG